AUGCACACUUCCGCUAGUCCUCAAGACGACGACGACGACGGGUCGAGCACUUCACUGCACUCGGAUCCACUUCCAGCCUGGCCAGUCGAGCAUCCUCCGCCACUCAAGCGCGCGUUGGCCAAGGGCGUCGCCAUAGCGCACGAGCAGGAGCUGCUCCUGUUUGAGCGGAUCCGCGACAUCCUCGACGAGAUCGACGCCUUUGGCCGCCACGACCCGCCCCCGCUCGAAGACAUCCGCUGGUGGCGUCUCGACUUCGACGACUGGGCAGCCCGCGCCGGCCUCGUCCACAUCUCGGAGCUGGAGCGUCUCAGGAUCCAGCGCGCGCAGCGUAUGCUCGAUGCUUGGAUCGAUGCGGCCGAGAGCCUCAGGCGCAGUCGCAAGAGAGGUCGCUGGGACGCGUCGUCGUCGUCGCAGCCGCCGCCAUCGCCACCGCCGUCAUCUUCGCACACAGACUGA